UUUGGGCCGCCGGGAAACAGCCACUUUCAGCAGGAGCUGGUGAACGCGCAGAUGACGCUCCAGAUGCAGCGGCUAUCGCCGACACCGAUGAUGCACCAGCCCCUCUCGCCGUCGCCGAUGCAGCAGCGCGCCGUCUCGACGCCUCCUCGCCGCCUGCGGCCGCAAGGCGUGGCGCAAGGCGCGCUCGGCCGGCCUCCCGCCGACCCGAGAGAGUUCCCGCGAGGCGAGUACGAGUACGACGAGAUGGCCGCAGCCAGCGGCGCCAGCAGUCCCGCCGGGGGCGCCCCUGCCUCGAUGCGCGCCGGCGCCUGCCCCGCCCUGCACUCGUGCGCCAGCUCGCACAGCCCGCCUGCUGUGCCUGGGCCUGCUGUGCCGGGCUGCUCGCCUGGGCCUGGGCACGGAUGCAUGUCUCCCGUCCACAGCUGCUCUCCGGUGCACUCCCUGCAGAGCGGCUCCCCGUCGAGCGGCUCGUGCCGCGGCUCGCCGAGCCAGAUCCCUCCCAAGAAGGGGGCGCACAAGGAGCGGGUUGCUCCAGCGCGGUCUCGACUCGCCACUCAGUUACCGGCGAGCUGCCUCGCAGAGCAGGCCGAGGCCCUCCUUCGAGAGGCGGGCGGCAGCAUGCUCUUCUCCCAGUUCUGCUCAAAGCUCUACGAGGCGAGGCCGACGGCACGCAGCGAGUUGCUCGGCGCAGGCGGCCCAAAGAAGUGGGCUUCCACCCACUUCACCUACUCGGCGGGGGCGACGCCUGGCACAGACUCGCUCUCUCUCGCAGCCAGCCUCACGCUGCGAUUCGCGCGGCACAGCAACGAGCGGUGGGGGGUCCGGCUCAAGGGGCAGCCAGACACGCAGCCGCACGUCGAGGCGGUGCGUCCUCCUCGCUCUCACGGCGAGGCGCUCUGGGGCCACCACGCCGCCACCGCCGCCCUCAAGGCGGCCUCCGGGGCGGUGGCGCUGCAGCUGGUGCGCAGGGGCGGCGGCGAGGCCGCGGGGCGCGCUUGCGAGGCGGCGGGUACGCACGGCGGCAGCAGCAGCGCGCGGGCCGCAUCGCCGCCUCCGACGGCGCCGCGCGAGGGCGGAGGAGGCGGAGCGGGCGGCGGGUGGCCGGGCGGCGCCGGAGGCUGCUGCGGGGGCGCAGUCGACGCAGCGGUAGGGGUGGGGCCGGCGUUUGUGGCUGGCACAGGGCCGCUCCCGGAACGGCUGAGUGCGGUCGAGUCCUUUGCCGCGUCCCAGCUGCGAGCCCCUCUCGCCCGGACGGUGGGCGGCAUAGUGGGCCGUGUGGCGGCGCUCGAGCAGAUCCUCAUGCCGGAGGGCGAGGCGGGCGGUGGCGCAGCACCCGGGCUAGGCGAGCGCGUGGAGCGGCUCGAGAGGCUCGCGGCGCAGCGUGCAGCGUCGCGGCAGGCGGCCGCACAGCCGCAGCCUCCUCCCCACGGGUGUGCAGCCGAAGCGCCUCGCAGCCAGCCAGCGGAGCCCGUCCUUCUGCCGCCCAGCGCGUUCGGCAGCUCCGCCUUCUUCGGCGGCGUCACGCCCGCCUCUCCUCCAGCGUCGAUCCGAUCCGCUUGGAUGGAGUCGAGCGGCACGGUUGCGCCGCCGCCGCUGGCUCAGGCUCCCGCCUCGUCUCCGCCUGCUACAUCGCCGCCCGCCGCUGUGCCGCCCGCUAGCCCCGCGCCCGGCGGCGCCGCAGCGAUGCCUCUGCCGACCAAGGUCGAGGCGAUCCGCUCCGCGCUUUCGCUCCCGGCAGGCGUCGCGCUCCUCGCCACGAUUCAAGACGCCAACGCGCAGCUCGGCUUGUCGCAAGAGGGAGGGCUAGUCGCCCAAGCUGACCGGCUGCUGCAAGUGCUCUCCGACCGGCUGGUCUAGCAACGAUGGUUGGCUUUUGGCUCCUGUGGAUCUUGGAACUCUUGCGCCUUCUGCAAGACUGGGAAGCAGAACGCCACAAGAGCUCUCGUUAGAGUAGAGGCCCCUGGAUGGCCGCUUUUCGUCUGUCCGUGACCGCCCUUCCUCCCCUGCAGCAUGUGCCAGCAAUGUGGUUGAAGGCGGUUCACUUCUGUGAUUUCGGUUCGGUGAGAGAGAGUGUUUUGUCCUCUCGCCGUAUGUUGUGGGAUCUCGGUUUACGAACCGCCGUCGGUGUGUUUUCGAAGUUUCAUUUAUGGUGCGUUUAGAGAGAGAAAGCAUGUACAGCGUCAG